UUUUAGGAUUAAAUGAAAGAGCGAGUGAUAUAGAGAUAAAAAAAAUGUAUAGAAAAUUGAUUUUGAUUUGGCAUCCUGAUAAAAAUAUUAAUAAUAAAGAAGAAUCUGAAAAGAAAACAAAAGAGAUUACUAAAGCAUAUAGAAUAAUCUUAGAAUAUAGAGAAAAAUUUAAAAAGACAAAGUCUAAAAAUACAAAACCGAAAAAAACAAAUGCAAAACCAAAACAAAGAAAACCAAGACAACCAAAACCAAAACAGACAAAUUCGAAACAAACAAAAUUUAAUUCAAAAAAUAAACCAAAAGAACAACAAAAAUCUACAAAGACUAAUUCAAAUGCAACAGAAGCUGAUAAGGCGAUAUUAAAUUUUUUUCGUAUAUUUUUGAACACAUAUCAUGAUUCAAAAUAA